GAGAGCAGCGGGAGCAGCUGCAGCUGCGGUGCGGGGACGGAGCCGGAACCGAAGCAGGAGAGGGGCUCGGGGCUGUGCGCGGGGGAGUCCCUCGAGCAAUAAAGACGUUGAAGCAACCGCCGGCGGUCGGCGGCCGUUGGGGCGAUGCGGGCGGCUCUGGGGCUGGCGGUGCUGCUGGCAAUGCUGCGGGGGGGGGCGGCCCAGGGUCGGCCCCGCGCCCGAACCGUCACCAUCCCCAUCGCGGGCCGGCCCCGCACCGUGCGGCUGCGGCAGCAGGCGUUUCUGCCCGAGGAGUUCCGGAUUUACACCGACGGCCGCGGCGGGGUCGCGCAAUCCGAACUCGCGCGUCUGGAGCGCGACUGCUUCUAUGAGGGCUACGUGGAGGGAUUCCCGGAAUCACUCGUGGCUCUCAGCACCUGCUCUGGGCUCAGCGGAAUCGUGCAGCUCGCCAACACCAGCUACGGGAUCAGGCGGCUGGAGGCUGCGGCUGGGUACCAGCACCUCGUUUAUCAGAUGCCGAGCAAGAACGUGGGCACGCAGCUGCCAGGAGGAAGCAGCUCCCUCGCCUGGGCUGCGGAGGUGUCCCUGCAGCCGUGGGAUGGAGCGGCGAAGGAAGCUGUUCCUAGGCCCCCUCGAUAUCUGGAGAUGCACGUCAUUCUGGACAAAACCCUGUGCGACUACAUGGGAGCAGACAAGUAUGUGGUGAGCGCCAAGAUCGUGCAGCUUUUCAGCUACGUGAACAGCAUGUUUGCUCGCCUCAACCUGACCGUAGUGCUGACUUCCCUGGAGCUCUGGACAGAGAAGAACAAGAUCCCAACCACAGGAGGUGCUGAAGAGUUACUGCAGAGAUUUCUGCAGUGGAAAAACACGCAUCGUACCUUGCGGUUGCAGGACAUAACAUUCCUGUUUGUCUACAGGGAGCAGUCCCAUUCUGUGGGAGCAUCCUCUGCGAGGAAGCUGUGCCUCAAGAACCACGCUGGAGGAGUGGCCUUGUACCCGCAUUCCAUGACGCUGGAGGCGUUCUCAGUGGCCGUGGCCCAGCUACUGGGGCUCAGCCUGGGGAUGAGCUAUGACGACCCUGGGAGCUGUGUCUGUGCAGGAGCUGCCUGCAUCAUGCAGAGCAGUGCAGUGCACUCGGCUGGCACCAAAGCCUUCAGCAGCUGCAGCAUAAGAGACUUUGAGCGUUUUCUCACCUCUGGAGAAGGGCAGUGCCUCCUGAACCGGCCGUCUAUGAAUGUGUCCUACAAAGCUCCUGUGUGUGGCAACAAAGUGGUGGAGCUGGGAGAGGCCUGUGACUGCGGGUCGGCAGAGGAGUGCCAGCGCGAUCCAUGCUGCACUGUGGGCUGCAGGACAAGGAAGGGGGUGCAGUGCCUGUCGGGACCGUGCUGCUCGAGGUGCAGGUUUGUGAAAAAAGGCACACUGUGCAGAACUAGCUCUGAGGAUGAAUGCGAGCUGAAGGAAUAUUGCAAUGGCACUUCUGGGGCGUGUGCGCCCAACCUGUGGGUCAUGGACGGGCAUCCCUGCAGGCAGAACACUGCUUUCUGCUACAGGGGGGUGUGCCAGACCGCUGACAAGCAGUGCCAGGAGAUCUUUGGCAAAGAUGCCAAAAAUGGACCCUUGGCCUGCUAUGAGGAAGUCAAUGGCCAAAGGGACAGAAUGGGGCACUGCGGCUCUGAUCACAGUGGUUACCACAGCUGUGCUUGGAAAGAUCUCCGCUGUGGGAAGCUCAUCUGCGAGUACCCGGGCACCGUGCCCUUCACCAAGGAGAGGGCUGCGGUGAUUUACGUGCGGGUGCAGCACGCGCUGUGUGUCACGCUGGAUUACAUGCGGCCUCACACGGAGAGGGACCCCAUGCUGGUGAGGGAUGGCAGCGUCUGCGGUGACCGCAAGGUCUGCAUGAAACAGAAGUGUGUGUCUGCUGCUGUCUUGAACUACAACUGUGACAUAAGGAGAAAAUGCCACAGUCACGGUGUGUGUGACAGCAAAGGGGACUGCCACUGUGACGUUGGCUGGAAGCCCCCGGAUUGCCGGGAGAAAGCGGAGUCACAAGGAGGGAGCAGUGAGAAUGACAACACCUGGAAGAAGAGCUCACUGAAGAUGUGGCAGGUUCUCACCUUGUGUCUCGGUGUGCCCAUCCUCAUUGGGCUCAUCUUCGUGGCGAUAAACAGAAAGGAGCUGAGGCAGUGUCUGUCCAAGGAGCAGCUGCAGGAGGAGGAGUGAGCCUGCUCCCCUCCUUGGGGUUUGGGCGGCAGGAGGGGCAGAGCCCAGACCUCACCAUCUGCACGGGGAGGGGAAGGCCGUGCUGCUUGGCACUGACAGGAACCCCCCUUCUGUUCCCACCCUGUAGGUUUGAGGAAAGCAUCGAUGAGGAAGGGAGCACACUGGAUGCAGAGUAGCAUAGCUGGAAAGACCUUUAAAGAUAUUGCCCAGGUCAUGGGUGUUUGUGCUGAUCUUGUGAAUGGAGGCUGUGUUACGGGAGCACUGGUGGUGCCGUGCUGCCAGGGGCUGUGGGCGGUGACCAGUGGGCAUCCCAGUUCUGUCUGCCCACAGUGGGAGCAGGCUGCAGCCGUGAGCAAUGUCUGUGGUCCCAGGAGCCAAGUGGCAGCAGCAGCAGCAUGGAUCCCCAGGCUGGGGGCAGGAGCCUGUCUGAGAGACAUUGAAAAGCUGUGUCCUUUAUAUUGUGUCCUUGUUUGUGUUGUUCAGUAAAAGGUGUUUAUGGUG